AUGGCGAAGUCGAUGAGAUGUAAGAGAGAGAAGAGGCUGAGAGCCAUUCGGCGAGAGAUGGUGGAGCCCUACUACGACAAGAAAGACGAAGCUAAGCUCGCUGCCCAGGAAGCUGCCCUCGCUGCCCCUAAGCUGCCUGUACGGCCGCCUCCUAAAUCCGCUUCUGCUAUGGAGGUCACUACAACUGACAACGCUACGGCCUCAACAAGCAACAUGGAUGUGGAUAUGGUCGGUGGCAAUCAAAGAGUGAACUUUUUGAAGCCUGGUGGUGGGAUAGGCAAGAAAUCCAAGAGGGUAUUUAAGGUGGGUAAAAGAAGGCGUCAAGGCAAGGGGGGCAAGGUUAAGAAGCGUCAUAUAUAA